AUGAACCAAAGGACGGUUUUAUGGGGGUCGGUGACGCCCCUGCGGGCUCAGGACGAGCGGGACCGCGAACUCGAGCAGCAGAGGGUACAGCAGCAACAGCGGCAACAACAAACACAACAGCAACAGCAGCAGCAGCAUCAGAAUGAUGUAGCAGGAGUACUGAGGCGGAAUCAGGCGUGUCUGGCUUGUCGGCGGAGGAAAUUGAAAUGUGAUGCCAUUCGGCCCCACUGCUCCACUUGUGUGCGAUCACACAAGCACAUGGCGCGUACGGCGCCGCACACCAAUCCGGUCUUGUCGUGCGACUAUGAUGACGGGAACGGGCCGAAUGAACGGCCGUAUCAGCCCCCUUCGCCCCAUUCCGCGUCGCCGGUCGAGGAGGAGGGCGAGACGAAUAGGAAGAAGCGGAAGAGUAAUGCUGGAGAAGGGGGCAAGAAGAAGAGGGACACUGAGGCGGAACGAGACAGCGGUAGCUCCAGCGUCCAGGACCAGAUCAACAGCGCGACACAAUCCCGCCGGACGUCGGACGCGCGGUACCCGCCGCCUAUCUCCACCUCACAGCAGUUCAAUCGAGGCGAAGCCAUCUCGGCCGAAUCGCCCACCUCAUUCCUGGAUAUGCUGUCUGCAGCAGCUACUGAGCAGGCGCCAGGAGCUGCUGGUCUGGGCUCGGCAGGCCUCCGCGCCGGAGUCAACGGGACCGCAAUGAUGAACGGGGCGACCGGUACAUACAUCCCUCCCCCUCGUCCCGCGGAAUCGCCGUAUCAUACCGGCUUCACCCCUUCCUUUUCGUACGGUGGCGUGAUGGAGGAUAGUCGUCCUCAGCCGGUUCACCAAGUAUCGGCGGAAUCGUCAGUCUCGGGCCAUAGCGUCCACGCGAGCAUAUCCCCAUACGACAAUUCCGGGCCGUCCGAGCCUAUUGCGCUCACACCCAGCGGGGUCUUCAACUUCUCGCCCGGUCCGCCCGAACCUGUCAACUACGAGAGCAUGCCAUUGCCAGACGCGAACGGGAUGAUCCAGCCGUCGACUAGGCCGUCCGGCCCAUGGAUGGGUAUCGAGACUAUCCCGAUCGACCCCAUGCUGAAUCCGUCGAUGAUGCCGCCGCCUAUGGAGAUCCCGCGGGGCGUCCCGAUGGAAACGUACGCGCAGCCGGUGGAGGUGGACCUGCAGCAGCAGAUGCUGAUGGACCUGUUUUGGCCGGGUUGGCCGCCUGGACUCCCAGAACCUCACAUCGUCAACGAGUUGAUCGAUGUCUUCUUUGAUCGCGUCUCCAGUCUGCCCCGUAUGCUCCUCCGCAGCCGCUUCAUGACGCGCAUGACCCUUCCUCCCACACACAGCAACUUCCCCCACCCCUCCCUGCUCCACUCCAUCUGCGCUAUCGCGGUCAACUGGUGCGCGCCGGCCAUAUACGAAGCGUCCACCGUGGCUCGCAAGCUCAACGGUAAGAGCGGAAGCGAUCUAAGCUUCUCGGCAUGGCAGUCGGGCUUGGCGAAGGAGAUGGUCCAUGAUGGACUGAACACGGGAAGUCGGAUGUUUGACGUCGUGCGAGCUAUGAUGAUCCUGAGUCGACUCUUCAUCGAUGACACCCGGAUGCUCGAGUGCUGGGCGUACCAUGGCCUGGUGGCGCGGAUGAUCCUCCCUCUUGGACUGAACGUCCGGUCCGCCGAGCUAUCGCUGAAGAGCGUCAUGCUUCCCCCGCCGCAGGACAGUGUGGAGAGGGAAGAGCGACGGGGAGCCAUGUGGUUUGCAUUCUACCACGAUACGGUCUCUUCGGCUGCUUCCGGCUGGGGCAGCUCUAUUGCGCUGGACGAACUUACCGUUCCCCUGCCAUGCUCCGUCAAAGACUUCGAAUCCGGCCUCAAGGAUAUCCCCUCCAAUCCCCAAGAUGCAGAAUCCAGCGACUUGUUCACCCAUCACCCCGUCGUCGAUCCGUUCGUCCUCUGCCUCAAAGCGUGCAUCAUCAUGAACCGCGUCACCCGCUUUGCUCGGAAGUGGAAGAACAGGCAUUUGAGGGAGGAUGAUGAUUUCGCGGGGAUGCAAAGGCCGGAGUUUAGGGAGUUGGCGAAUAACAUUGCCUGUUUACAGAUGAGUUUCCCGUAUGAGCUCCGGAAUCCCUGCCAGACGGACAACCAGCGCAAGAUUGACAUCGACCUUAUCGUGGCCCACAUGCUGCCCUUUGCGGCGACCAUCAUUCUCUACGAGCCAUUCGCGGACGUCACGGACUCAUCGGAUGCGGCAGCACGGCGGAUCUUGGCGGCGGCGCAGGCGAUCGUGGGGAUCGUGCAGCAGCUAGCGACUGCUGCGGCCGAGGGGACGAGCAAUGCUCUGACGGUCAUGCAUUCGGCUGCUUCCAUCUGCUUGGUCACUGCAGCUCGGACCUCCCUUCUUUUCUACCGGAACGCCCUCAACAUCGGAGAUGAGCGCCUCGCUGCCUCCUUGCGCUCCGACGUGGAGAUGAACCGCAUGGCUCUCGAGCAAUUCGGACUUCGCUUCAAAAUCGGACAUCACCACGCCCAGCUCGUAGCCUACUUCCUCGACCGCGCCACCUAUCCCACCUACGAGAAACUCAUCAGCCACUACCCGGACCAUCCUCGUCCCGGCGCACCACCCCUCACGCCCAAUUCCGACUUUGGCAUCUGCGUCCUCAAUGCCCUCAAUAUCAAAAGGGGGUUCUGGCGGAUCAAGAGGGAUCAGGUGUAUCGGACCAACUCAAAUACCACGUCGGCCGCGGGACGGUCACCGUUCGAGACGACGCCAGGGAGCAGUGGGAAUGGGAAUGGGGACAUGCCGAUGCCCCAGGGGUGUAGUGGGGGCUUUGGCGGGGCGAGGUUUGAGACCGAAUCGCCGCAGCACCCGUAUAGUGGGUUACAGUCCGUCUCGGGAAAUGGCGGCGGCAGCGGCGUUGGAAGCGGGAGCUGGUCCAAUACCAUGGCGGACACGAGUGUAGGCCAGGCGGAAGGCCUGACCGAGUUUGUGGGUGUACAGACCUCCGGCCCCGGUAUCGGUCAAUCUCGGUCCGCAUCCACCAGCUCGAGCUCGAAGGCCUAUCCCAGCGGGGGAAAUAUCUACGAGAUCCAGCCCGAUGGCUCACGGCCUGUCUUUGGCAAGAUGCGCGGGGAUGGUGUGACGGGCGUAGGCGUGACGCUCAUGACCCCCGGUGAUGCGUUUGGGGGCGGACCAACGGGCGUGAAGCAGUCGAGCACGGAACUGGAGGGAGGGAAGAGGAGUGAGGAGUAUACGGCGCAGUCGGCGGCUUGGUUUUUGGCGCCUGAACCGGGGGGUCAGUAUCGGGGGUCUAGCGGUGCGCAGUAG